AUGUCUAAAGUUAAUUCAAUCUUUGAACGUAUUGAGAGCAUUACAAACGCAGAGAGCCAAUGUGAAUUUGUAUCUGUCUUAAAAAGUGUAAUUAUGAAUGAAAACCAAUGCCUCUCACAGGAAAACUUUUUGUUAUUAAAAUCAUUCCUGCAAAAAAUGUUUGAUUCGAUUGAUGAAUUAGCUGCAGAGAUAAAAAAAGACGACACAAUACUAAUAAGUGUAAAAAACCAAAAACUGCUACGUACAUGUUUUCAAUUAAUAACAUCCAUUGGCAUAUCAUCAUCUUUGAUAACAGGCCUGGGGAUAAGUCUAUCAAAGAGAUCCAUUACUGCAUCUAAACUUCCGCGCUUUUUAUUGGCGGGUGAACAAAAAUAUGAAAUACUCAUGAACUGCACAGACUUCUUCACAAGAAGCUAUAGUGUCCCAGUGCUUAAAAACAUCAUAAUCACUUUACAUUUGUCAGAUUAUUUAGCAUCCCUAAUCCAACUGGCAUUUGCACCACUUAAAAAACCUGGUACUUAUGACAAUUUUGUUAUGACAGAAGAAAAGUACAAUAAAUUGUGUGCUGAUAGACAAAAGUAUGUAAAAAUAUAUAAUCAUCUUACAACUAAUUGUUUUCAACCAAUUCUUAUGAAGGAAUUGUUGGUAUUACAAAGUUGUACUGAUCCAGCUCCUCCGGUUUUUGUUAAAAGAGUUAUUGUGAAGGAGAUGAGUCAAAGACUACUUGCAUCAGGUGGCUUGCUAAGUCUAAUUCGAUGUUUUAUAGAAAGUUAUGAUAUAGAUACUGGGUUUGAAUGGAGAAAAAUUGAUAUGAUCUGCAGGAUCAUUGCUGCGAAACAUGGCACUUGUACUGAGAGUGAUUAUUUGAUUAAUAUCUGUUCUCAGUUGAAGCAGAUAUUGUGCUUGAAUAAUAUACAUUACUUAGCCACUGCUGUUGCCUGUGUGUUGAGUCUCAAUGAAAAAUAUCCAAAAUCAGAACCUGUUGAUAGUUUGGUCAAAGAAAUAUUCCAGGCCUUUGAUUAUGAUUGUUUGCUUACAAGUUAUAAUUUACCUGGUACCAUAAUAUAUUCACCACAAGAAGUUGAAUACAAAAUCAAUAUACUACAUGCUUGUGUAUGCACUACAAGAUUAAAUUGGCCAAUUUCAUUGCUGAUUCCCAAUCUUUAUCUUAUGUUCUUAAUUGGAGUAAAGUGUACUAAAAAUGAAGAUUUGAAGAUCAAAAUCAAGGAUAUUUUACUAAAAAGCUUAGAAAAAAUUGAUAGAGAAAAACUGUGCGAAAAGGUUAAAUUUUUUUUAUUUGGCAAAGGUUUUUACAAGUCUCCAGGAAUAAUAGCAGAAGAGUAUGAAGCAGGUGUUGUGAUAAAAUACCUUGCAUUGACUGAGAUCCAUUCGAAAGAUGAAGCUCUAUUGUAUUUCUUGCACUUAUUUAAAGCAACAACAGAUGAGGAACUUAUUCUAAACAUAUUCAAAGUAUCAUUAAAUGUAUUAACAGAACUUAGUGUCAAAAGACAAAUGAAAGGAAAUAAAGAUAUACUUCUUACUGAAGAUGAUCCAGAAGUGAUAUUAGAUGACAUAGAUCAACAGUAUGCAGUUGUUCUAAAGCUUCUUUCAGAGAUAUCAACAUCAUCUAAAAUUAUCAGCUCUUUGAAGAAAAAUCCUUUGACGGUAAUGGACUUUGUGCAGCAUGUUAUAUUGAAUGAGAAUGUUGAAUCAAACAGUGACUGUGUUACAGUCGCUCUCAUCCUUCUUAAUAUAACUUUAUCAAAUUGCAACAAAUCAACAGAUUUUCAAAGGAGAUUUAGUAACUUGGUACCGAUAUUAAGGAAAAUGUGUGAGUCUGAUUCAAAUAUGGACAGCAUACUUUGUCAAGAAGCAAUUUCUCUAAUAACUUCAGGAAAUCCUAAAAAAAGAGACUCGCCUUGUGAGAGAGCAAUAACUGACAUAUUUGAUGAACUGCUACCUGUAAAAGCUCAUGGAAUAAUUGAGUUAACUAAACUUAUUGAUAACAAAGAUGCUGAAACCAUUUCUAAAAAACAUUACAUAUUUUGUAUCUUCCAGGAACAACUUAGAGAUUCCGAUUCAUACCUUUAUCUAGCAGCUAUAAAUGGUCUGGCCGCACUAUGCACACUAUGCACUGAAGAUGUACUCCAUAUGUUAUGUAAAGAGUUCUUACAAAUAUCCAACCAAGGAGCUCUUGAGACCAAAGAUAAUCAAGACAAGAUUGCAGAGCUGAGGAUGAAAAUUGGUGACAUUAUAGUGAAGGUUACCAAGAGAUUAGGUGAAAUGGCCGCUGUUCACAAGACUAUUCUAUUAAAUACGAUGCUCUGUGCUUGUAGAGAUGAAGACCCUCUAAUUAGAACAUCAGCUUUAUCCAAUUUGGCUGAGAUUUCUCUAGUAUUGCACUACAAAAUAGGGUCCAUAAUAUACGAGGUGUUGCUGUGUAUUUGGAGUAUUAUAGAGACCGAUAAGGCCGUGGAGUGCCGGCGAGCCGCAGUCAUGGUUAUAGCAAGUUUAAUCAAAGGAUUAGGAAAAGAAACUUUAGUUGAGCUAAAGGAGAAUUUACUACCCAUUUACAGAACACUAAAAAGCCUUUACAGAGACAAUAAUGAAGACUCGAUUCUUAGACUUCACGCACAGUUAGCAUUAGAAGAAUUAAACGAUGUCGUCAAGCAGUUUCUGUUCCCUGAAUUGAAAACGGAAAAGCAAAUAUUUGUAUUGGACAAACCUUAG